ACGAAAAUGGUUGACGAAGUUUAGCCGAAACCUAGUGAGAAUUGUUGUUCCCCCGGGCCUGUCUGUCAAUGCCAUUACGAUUUUGUGUCUGCAAGCCUCUGUACAGUUUUUUCCCCGCUGAAACAGCAAGAUUUGUUUGGUAAAACACUGAUGCUAGCAGUUUUGGUUUUUUGAAUAACCAGCCAGAAGUUUUCACUGGGAGCACACUUCAGGUAACCAAAAGCUUGUGAAGGAUGGACAGACAGAUUGGAUUGUCGUUACCGUGACAACAGAGUAAAAUUCCACUAAAAAUAGCCAUGGUGCCAUUGUAUUGAAAAAGGUAUACCUCUUCCCCAGCUUGAUUGAUGGAAUCUCAGGUGUUUUUCCGUGAUCCAGAUGUCAGAACUCUCCUGAUCGUGACAAGGAGUUACUCCCCUUUGCAACACUGAGUCGCAAGUCUGUGUUUACCAUAAAGGUAUUGUUGGUGUGAGUGCGAAGUCACCUCGAUAAAGUUGUUCUAAUGAAGCCUAUAAUCAUGAAUCCACCCACUGGAACUGAGCCUCACAAUGGGGAGUCCAAGGUGAAACCCAAAGAGGACACCUCCAAAGACAUGGAGAUGCCACCAGUCAGUGACUCAUACGGUAUGGGUCAGACAACAUUUACAAACCCUGAGGCAUAUGACAACUAUGUCUACCGCAUGACGUGCCUCGCCCAGCAAGGUGACCCCCAGCGGCACCUGUACGAGCAGGGAAUGUACCGAGUGGACUUGCAAAGUCCCACCACGCUGUCAGAACCUAACCAGUCUCCGUCCCCACCCCCGCCACCACGUGUGUAUAAACCCUGCGUCGUCUGUAACGAUAAGUCCUCGGGGUUCCACUACGGGGUCAGUUCCUGUGAAGGCUGCAAGGGUUUUUUCAGAAGAAGCGUUCAGAAAAAUAUGCAAUACACAUGUCACAAAGACAGAAACUGUCCAAUCAAUAAGGUGACGCGGAACCGAUGUCAGUUUUGUCGACUUCAAAAGUGUUUCGCCACAGGCAUGUCCAAAGAAGCUGUGAGGAACGACCGCAAUAAGAAGAAGAAAGCCAAACAGCCAAUGGACUCUGGUUCCACAUCGUCAUCAUCUUCCCAGCAUUCGGAGGACCUGACGGACAACGACACGCACAUAAUCCAGGACAUUCUGGAGGCACACCAGGCGACCUUCCCUCGGGGUGACCUGACGGACGAGGAACAAGAGGAGGAUCGCAAAAUGGUGGAAUCCUUAAAAAAGCCAGACGGCCCGAGUUCGAUGUUGUGGGAGAGGGUCACCGAGCUGUCGUCCAAAGGAAUAAUCAAAAUAGUGGAAUUUUCCAAGAAGAUUCCAGGUUUUAUGUCCUUAACAACAUCUGAUCAGAUCACGUUGUUAAAAGCGGCCUGCUUAGAAAUUAUGAUAUUACGGUUGUGUUUGCGAUACACGUUGGAAAAAGACGUCAUGAUGUUUUCCAAUGGGUUAGAGUUGACGCGGAACGAGCUACAAGCUGGAGGAUUUGGAUCUUUAACAGACACGAUUUUCAACUUUGCAGCUUCGUUGAAAAGAAUGGACGUCGAUGAAUCAGAGUUCUCAAUUCUAUCAGCAAUAUGUUUAGUAAGCGGAGAUCGCUCUGGUUUGGAAGACCCCGAGAGGAUAGAGCAGAUGCAAGAGCCAAUCCUGGAGGCCCUCAAGCACUAUAUCAGGUCACGCAGACCCACCCAGCCACACAUCUUUGCCAAACUGCUCAUGAAGUUGACUGACCUGAGAAGCUUGAGUGUUAAAGGUGCUGAAAAGGUGCUUCAUCUGCGAUUAGAAAUGCCAGGAGACUUACCUCCCUUGAUUGUUGAAAUGUUGGACCGUGAGGAGAACGUUUGCAUUCCAUAGUGAUGGCAGAGGUUUUAGCCCGACACUACAGGGAGACAAAGAGAAAAUGGAGGCUGGGUGGAUGAAGUGGUGGAAUGUGCUGGUGAUAUUCCUGGAAAGACAAACUGACAAAAUAUGUGAUCCAAUUUUUGAGGCGGCUGAAAACAGUGGUGAUAUGGUAGAAUUUUUGUAGAAACCGGUUAAAUAUGAAGAGACUUGACAAAGCUGGAAUGUCCUACAAGGCUGGAUAUAUUCAUGAUUUGAAAGCACGGCAUAUUAAUUUUUUUUCUAACUUCGCUGGAAAAAACUAAUGUUUCAAUGGCUGCUGUGCAUUUGCGUAUUUGUUUGAUUUUUGCUAUUGUUGCUAAUUCUGCAAAUAAUAAUUGUAUGAAUUCACUUGGCAAGGUAGUAGCUGUUAGAUGAAUUUAAAUUUUGUACAUAAACAUCAGCUUCAUUUAUUUUAUUUCAUAAAUCCCACUUCUGAUAUCAAUGUCCAUUUUACUGUGUUUGUGCUCUGGUAUUUUUUGUGUUAUCUUUUUCCCUUCUGUUCUGAUUUACCCACUUUAGCUGAAAUCUUUUAACAACAGCUUGAUUUUAUUCUAACUUGUCGUCCCCUAAAAUCAGGUUCUAGGUAGAGACUUCUUGUCUGUUCAGAUUUUCUGUGACUUUUGCUGAGGUGAGCUUAAAGCGUAUUGUACUUUUUUGGGGCAGUGAUGCAACAAUGAUACAAAAUUAGUCCAUGCAUGGAUAGGAGGUGUGUCUAAGUACAUGACAGUAUGGCUGAACAUGAAGUUUUAUUAUCACUGACUUCAGGCUGUUCCAUAAGAUAUAUACCGAAUUCCAGUUCCACAAAAAAAGUUUUUCUCAAGUCAAAAUAUGUAAUUUCAGUAUGAUGCAACAUAUAUUAUUUUUGAAAGAUCAAAUUGUGGUAAAUUAAUUGUGAACAUGACUCAUUUUAGGUGACUCAACAGUUCAAACUGCUGUUAUCCAAUAGGAAACAUUUCUGUUGCCUUCAAAAUUUUUUACUCCAGCGAAAACAACAUGGCUUUGUUGGAUUAUUCUUCUCAGUCUAUAAAACAUUUUUUUCACAAAUGCAAUUGUAAGAAAUGACCCAUUUACUGAUGAUAGGAAAGGUCAUCUCCAGUAGUCGGAGAAAUUCUGCAUCAUUUUUUCAAGAAACGAGACGAAAUCUUAUUCAUUUAUUUGAAGUAAACGAAAAUAGAAAAUUUGUGGUUGCAAAAUGACCAAAUUUUGUGUUUCGACACACGCACUAUGUUUUUACUUUCUGGUAAGUUUGAAAAAUAAAGACAAUGUACUUCAAAAUUGUUUUCAGCAUAGUGGUCUUAAAUGACUUGAUUAAAGAAGUUGUGUGUUUUUGGAACAAUUUUUGGUGGAAUAAAACACUGAAAACAUUGGAAUUUUGGCCAUUGCUUACAAGUGUAGUGAAUCAAAACGGCCGACAUCUAAAUGUGGCACUGUGGAUAGUGACACGUCUUCAUGCUAGGCUGUAGACUGUUGUUCCAAUGGAACUGUUAUAUAGACCCACUGCUGUCCAAAAAGUAAAAUAUUCUCAGGUAAAUAUUAAUGAUGCAAAAAUAUCAUUGAAUAACAAAACAUUGUUUUCCUUGUGGGAAAAAUGGAAAAUUGUGCAUAUCAAGUUCAGUCUUCACAACACAUCAUAUUUGCCUUUGUUUUUUUCUUUACGUGUUAAUUUUUUUGUCGUAAAUAAAUAAAUCACACGAUAGCCUCUUCAUUUUUUUCAUGCAGAUGUGUGUAAUUAAGACGUGUUACCAUGGUAAUGGGAGACCUGUUCUCUGUAAUGCUCUCAGGGGAAGAUUUACUGUAACUUUGAGAAAUGUUCUAUGGAGAUACAAUGUUCUGUUCCAGGAAAUGUUCUCAUGUGAGGAAAAUGUUCUCAGUGCUGAGAAAGAAAUAUUCUCCUUUGUGGCAAGAUGUUUUCCGCUUGUGAGGAAAUAUUGCUCUGUAUAUGGAGAAGAUGGUGUAUGUUUUUGUUUUUUUUAUUUGGGAAAGCAAUCCGGCUGUUGUUGUUGAUGAUGAUUGUGUUAAUUUCAUAGCCCAGGAAACAUUUUAGAACUGAAGACUACAGAAUGUCCUUCCCGUUGUUGUUCCCUUAUAUCUGUAUAUAGACCAUACAUGAACCUGUAUACUUUAUGUUAUAUUGCAAAUAUUCAUAGCGGUAGACAGUUUGACCAAAUUCUGUAAAUUAUCCGGUGCCUUCCCUUGUUCAUAUAGCAGUU